CCUUGCUUUCCGGGCUCCCGAUUUCGUUGAAUAUUAAAAUAUCAGUCCAAUUAUUGAAAAUUAUAAUUGAAAACAAUCAAAAUGGUGGAAGCACAGAAGUUUAGAAUAGAGCAAGAGAUGACAAAUCUCGUAAAUGAAUUGGACAGGAGUUAUUUACGAAAAAUGCAGGGUGACAUGCACAGAUGCGCAGCGCAGUGUUGUGACAACCAGCAGAACACUUUAGAGAGAGUGCAUGGAUGCAUUGACAACUGCACUACCUCUCUCAAUCAAGCUAACAACUACGUACAGAAUGAGAUCAAUCACUUCCAGAAUAGGCUACAGCGCUGUGUGAUGGAUUGCAACGAUUCAGCACGAGACAGGCUUGGCCCGGAUCCUAGUCAAGAAACUAUCGACAAGUGCACGAUAGAUUUCGAGAAGUGUGCCGUAAAAUGCGUUGAUAAGCACAUGGGCCUUAUUCCCAGCAUGUUAAAGACCAUGAAAUCUGUGCUGGCCAGCGGAAAGCCUCCGCCAAUGAGGAGCGAAUGAGAAACGCCUUUACCGGGUAUAAGAUUCCAGGCAGUAUAGAUAAAGUUGUGAAUUACCUAUUCGCACGUGUAUCGUACAACGUUUUACAGUACGUAUGUGUCGCUUAACUUCAAACUCGGGUAAAUCCAUUUGACCCUCUCAGCAACAAACCGUCUCACAGUAUGGCGAACAAUUAGAUUAAGGUACUAAAU